AAACUCUGGCACAACAUGUAGGUAGUUUAGUGUAUCGAAGACCAGAGCAAGGAAGGAAGUAGAACUCAAGGUUGCUUUUUCUUGCACAAGAAGCGAAAAAAAUAUCAGGCACCCAUAGUAGGGAAGAUAAGUAUUCUUAAAUGCUGUUGAUUUUUGAAUUUCACUCACUCCCGACUGCAUGCUGUGCUGUUGGACUACCUAACCGCGCAUAGCAAGAACAACAGGACAGGCUCGAAGGUCUUUUACAAUGGCUGCACCACGCUGGGGUUAUGGUCCUAAUAACGGGCCUUCUCAUUGGGCCAAGGAUUUCCCAGCAGCUGCAGGUACACGCCAGUCACCGAUCGACAUCAAAACACAUGAUGCUCAUUACGACAGUUCACUUAAAAUAGAUCCCUUGAAGAUCCAAUACAGCGAGGGAAAAGACUUCACUGUCAGCARCAAUGGCCAUUCUUUGGUCAUAUCGCGCAGGUCCAGUGAAGGGCAUCACCUGAGCGGUGGGCCGUUGGAAAAUAAGUACCGCUUUGAGCAGUUUCAUUUCCACUGGGGAAAGACGUCUGCAAGCGGCUCGGAGCAUUUACUGGAUGGCAAAGCCUUUCCUGCAGAGCUACAUCUUGUGCACUGGAACACAGAACUCUUCAGCAGUUUUAGMCAAGCAGCAUCGAGUAGGAAUGGUCUGGCUGUCCUUGGCGCUUUUGUGAAAAUCGCUGGUGAGAAUCCGAGUCUGAAGACAAUCACAGACUUGAUACCCCAAGUCCAAAAUAUUGGCGCCAAACAAGACCUUAAAGUUUCCUUCAACUUGACAUCGAUGCUACCAAGUAAUACCAACGACUACUGGACCUACAGUGGUUCUCUUACCACCCCUCCCUGCUCUGAAAGUGUCACGUGGUUUGUCUUCAAGGAGCCAAUCAGCGCCUCAGAGAAGCAGAUGGAGCAGUUUCGUUCACUGAAGUCUAGUGAUGGUGGAUGCAUAGUGAACAACUACAGACCAGUUAUGGAUGCUAGCGGACGCAAUGUCAGGGCGUCUUUUGAGUGAAUUUGGCUGAAAUAAAUUCUUGUUAUUCUGAUCUUGAUUUGGCAAGAAUGAUCGAGGGACAAAGGAAUCAAUUGUUUCCAUUGUUAAACCAGAAAUAAUUGAAGGCUUACAGAAUCUAUAGAAAUGUUGUAAAGAAGAGAAACAACAAAUAAAUAUGAAUUUCCGAAAUA